UACGACGAUCUCCGAAUUCCUCUUCGCCACCGCCCUCGACCGGCCAUGUGCAUCGCGGCUUGGGCGUGGCAGUCUCACCCGGCGUACGGCCUGCUCCUCCUCUUCAACCGCGACGAGUACCACUCCAGGCCGACGCGGCCGGCGGAGUGGUGGCCCGCCGCGGGGGAGGAGGGCGAGCAAAUCCUCGGGGGCAAGGACGAGGUAGGCGGGGGCACGUGGCUGGGGUGCACCAAGGCCGGGAAGCUGGCCUUCUUGACCAACGUCCGGGAGCCUAACCCCCGGGCCGAGGCGAGGUCCAGAGGGGAGCUUCCCGUCAGGUUUCUCCAGGGCGGGCAGGAUCCAUUGGAGUAUGCGACGGAAAUUGCAAAGGAAGCAGAUCAGUACAAUGGCUUUAAUCUUAUAUUGGCCGAUGUGCAUUUAAGAACCAUGGUUUACAUUUCUAAUAAACCCAAUGGUGCUUCUGUGGUUCAACCAGUUUCCCCUGGGUGUCAUGUGCUUUCUAAUGCUGCUAUUGACUCCCCUUGGCCAAAGGCGCUGCACUUAGGACAGAGUUUCAACAGAUUUCUUGCAGUUCAUGGCGAUACAGAAGUCUCUCUGAAGCAGAUGGUUGAAGAGCUGAUGACAGACACUGUCAAGGCUGACAGAUUGGCGGUGCCUAACACUGGCAUCGAUCCUGACUUGGAAUACCAGCUAAGCUCUAUAUUCAUCGACAUAAAGAAGGGUCAGGCACGAUAUGGGACACGAAGCAUGGCUGCCAUAGCGGUGAAAUUGGACGGUGAGGUAACUUUCUAUGAGAGGUGCCUGGACAACAGCUCGUGGAAGGAGAAUGUCAUGCAAUUUCAGAUGGAGGUGGCAAAAUAACCGGAGUGGAGAGUAA